UAUAAGAUAGAGCAAUCAAUCAUGCCAUUUGGUUUGGUCUCAGCCUGGAACAAGCGACGGAGAAGCAAAUCUCAAGAGCACACAGAUCCCUGUAAUGGCUCUUUAUUUAACAUUUACAAACUUUCAUAUUCAGGGGUUUACAAACCUGCACAGCUUUGGCAACUUGAAGAUCAGACACCACGACCUACAAAAAGGCUACAUGGAUCAUCUGUUUUCACACUCAAGGAGAUGGAAGAGGCAACAUGUUCAUUCAGCGAUGAGAAUCUGCUUGGAAAAGGAGGAUUCGGCAAAGUCUACAAAGGCACAUUGCGGUCAGGAGAGGUUGUAGCAAUCAAGAAAAUGGAAUUGCCAGCAAUUAAAGCAGCAGAGGGGGAGCGUGAGUUCCGAGUCGAAGUUGAUAUCUUAAGCAGACUUGACCACCCAAAUCUUGUUUCUUUGAUAGGCUACUGUGCUGAUGGAAAGCAUAGAUUCCUAGUAUAUGAAUAUAUGCGUAAUGGAAACCUGCAAGAUCAUUUGAAUGGAAUUGGGGAAAGAAGCAUGGAUUGGCCUCGAAGACUCCAAGUUGCACUGGGAGCCGCAAAAGGGCUUGCUUAUCUUCAUUCAAGUUCUGAUGUUGGAAUUCCUAUUGUUCAUAGGGAUUUCAAAUCGACCAAUAUUCUCUUAGAUGACAACUUUGAAGCAAAGAUAUCUGAUUUUGGUCUAGCCAAGUUAAUGCCAGAAGGACAAGAGACGCAUGUGACUGCCAGAGUACUUGGUACCUUUGGCUAUUUUGAUCCUGAGUAUACAUCGACUGGAAAACUCACUCUACAAAGUGAUGUUUAUGCUUUUGGUGUUGUUCUUUUGGAGCUUUUGACUGGACGCCGAGCAGUGGAUCUAAACCAAGGUCCCAACGAUCAAAACCUUGUACUACAGGUCAGGAACAUACUGAAUGACCGCAAGAAGCUUCGGAAGGUGAUAGAUCCAGAGAUGGCUCGAAAUUCUUACACCAUUCAGUCUAUAGUCAUGUUUGCCAAUCUGGCAUCAAGAUGUGUUCGAACUGAGAGUAAUGAGAGACCGUCCAUGGCAGAAUGUGUAAAAGAACUCGUAACGAUUAUCUAUACAAAUUCAAAAGGCUUGGGUAUGGUUAUGCAUACUUUGAGAAUGAUCUAGUGAAAUCACAGUUUAGACACCAAAAUUAUGAUGAUUUCUUGAUGAUAAUAAAAAGUGAACUCCAACAGUUCUUCCAUUCAGAUAUACGCCAAACAGAUUAAUAUGAUCAGUACAAAGCAUAACAACUUGGCUGAUUUUACGAGAUGAGGAACUCAAUCCUUCAUGGCCGAGGCAGAAAGAGCAUUUCCAUUUUCUCUUCUCCACCACCAUUCAUGCCCUCACGUCACUCGCACCCCUUUUGGUCACAUGGCUAGAGUGUUAAAGAGACCUCAACAAAAUAAACCACUUCCCCAGAAAAUGUUCCCCGACUUUCUAACAUUAAUAUUUUAUUUGGGCAUAUGAUUGGUAUGGUUCAACAUGUUCCAUAUGUCACCUUCAAAUUUCAAGAAUGACCAUACACAUUUAAAUCAUUGUUUUAAUUAUAUUGAAGAAACAGAGUUAAUAAAGAUUUGUAAUUUCAUGCAUCUAAUAUCUGGCUCUUAAAUAAAGAACCAAGUACUUGACUUGUUAUCGCGUGUUAUGUUACCAUUACCAGCUUCACAAUCUUAUCCAUUAUUGCAUGACUGUCUAAGCCAGACAAGGAAAUAAAAAAUUUAGAAAACAGUAUGCUGUA